AUGUCUAAUAGUAUAUCCAGACCUGAAUUUGUAUGGAACAGUACAUGGCAUGUGCUUUCAGAAGAUGUACUAUAUAGGCAACGCAUGAUACUUCGAUUUCCCGGUUUGAAGCUUAGUGAUGAACAAUUGAAAUGCUAUGCAUUAGUUGAUAUUGAGAAGAUUCUGCAGAAUAAUGGUUGUUCACUACGCAAUUAUAGCAAUGAGCUACUUCCAGAUGAAUUAAUAAUUCAGGAUAGUUUUAAUAGACUCAUAGCUGAUGAGUUAAGUUAUGAUAAAGAAGCACUACGCAUAGAGCAUGAGCAGUUAUUUCAAUGUUUGACUGCUGAACAACGGAUCAUAUAUGAUGAUAUUAUGCAGGCUAUGAAUGAUAAUAAAGGUGGUGUUUUUUUCCUUUAUGGGCAUGGCGGAACCGGUAAAACAUUUAUGUGGAGAACUUUGUGUGCAGCUAUUCGAUCAAAAGGGGAUAUUGUCCUUCCUGUUGCUUCAAGUGGUAUUGCUUCUCUAUUACUGCUAGGAGGAAGAACUGCACAUUCAAGAUUUGGAAUUCCUUUGAUUGCCACUCCUGAUUCUAUGUGUAGAGGUAUUACUCCGGGUAGCGAUUUAACCUCUUUGCUGAAUAAGACUAAGCUCAUCAUUUGGGACGAAGCCCCUAUGACGAACAAAUAUUGUUUUGAAGCUUUGGACAGGAGUAUGCGAGACGCUUUACGAGAUUCAAAUGGUAUUGCUUCGGACUCUCCAUUUGCUGGUAAGGUAGUUGUUUUUAGAGGUGAUUUUAGGCAGGUUUUAAGGCUUACAAAGAAUAUGAGGUUGCAAACUCAGUCUGUUGAUGAUAAUGAUUUAAAGGAUUUCGCUGAUUGGAUUUUAAAGAUUGGUGAUGGCAUACUAGGAGAACCUAAUGAUGGAGAAGCCAUUAUUGAUAUUCCUGAUCAAUUUCUCAUUAAGGAUGUUGUAGAUCCUAUUGGUGCCAUAGUUGAAAGUACAUAUCCAUCCAUACAGGAGAACUUAAGUGACACAAACUUUUUUCAAGAAAGGGCCAUACUUUGUCCUACAAAUGAUAUUGUUGGGAAAGUGAAUGAAUAUGUUCUUUCAUUAUUACCUGGGGACGAAAAGGUUUACUUAAGUUCUGAUUCUAUAAGUAAAUCAGAUGGAUGUUUUGAGUCUAAUGCCGAUGCUUUUUCUGUAGAGUACUUAAACAGUAUUAAGUGCUCUGGCCUUCCGAAUCAUGAGCUGAAAUUGAAGGUUGGUGCUCCUGUUAUGAUGCUUAGAAACAUUGAUCAAUCAGCUGGAUUGUGUAAUGGCACACGAUUGGUAGUCAACCAACUUGGAGAUCAUAUUGUCGAGGCAACUAUUCUUACGGGAUGCAAUAAAGGAGAAAAGGUUUUCAUACCAAGAAUAACAUUGACUCCAACAGAUACCACACAGCUCCCAAUUAGACUUCAAAGAAGACAAUUUCCGUUGAUGCUUUGUUUUGCGAUGACUAUUAAUAAAAGUCAAGGACAAUCAUUGAGUCAUGUUGAAUUGUUUUUGCCUAAACCUGUAUUCAGUCAUGGACAACUUUAUGUUGCCGUAUCAAGAGUGAGAAGUAAGAAAGGACUUAAAAUUCUUAUUGUUGACAAAGAUAAUCAAACAACUACGUCGUCGUCGUCGUCUACUGACAAUGUGGUAUAUAAAUAA